GUAUUGGUAUGCAACUCCUAUUUUUGAACGUAAAGUUUACGCCUACCGCUAUGUAAACUUAAUUUACAAUUUACAAAUAUGGAAAAUUUUAAUGGAUGGCUAUGCAUUUUCAACUAAUGAUGAUUCUUAUUCUGAACGACGAAUACGUACUUUAUACAAUGCACAUUUCGAAUCUACAAUGAUGGAUUUUCCUCAAUUUCAAACUUCAUCUCAACAGUACGUAUCAACAUUUAAUAACAAAAUUAUUAUCAAACCAUUUGAAGAGAUAUACCCACGUUUGGAUAUUUUGGACUUUACGCAAAAUGAAACAUAUAGACCUCAAUUAGAUUUAUUAAUUCAAAGUUAUCAAGCCCUCUUUGAUAAACCCUAUGGUGAUAUGCGAUCAUUUUACCAAAUUGGUGGUAUUCAUGGUCUUCCAUAUACUGCCUAUGAUGGCGUUAUUGGUGAUCAUGGAUACAAAUCAUCGGAAUUAGAUGAAGGUCGUUGGGGUGGAUAUUGUCAACACGGAAAUAUUUUAUUUCCACCUUGGCAUAGACCAUAUUUAUUAUUAAUGGAAUCUCAAUUAGUUUCUGAAGCAAAAGAAAUUGCUUUAAAAUAUCCUGAAAAUGAAAGACAAAUCUAUGUUGAGGCUGCAAAACAACUUCGUCAUCCUUAUUGGGAUUGGGCCGAUGAAAAGGCCAUAAAAGGUAUUCCAGAAAUCUUUAUAUCCCCUGAAAUAGAAAUUAAUUCUCCGGAUGGUAAAAAGAAAAUUAAAAAUCCUUUGAAAAGUUAUACUUUACCUGUUGAUCUUUCUUAUCCUCUUGAAAAAGGUCAAAAUCCGACAGAUAAACCUAAUUAUAAAAUUCCAAACAUGACUUAUAAUCCAUUUACUCCCGCUGGUUAUUCAACCAUUAGGCACCCUAAUUCUAACUAUGAAGAUCAAUAUGAUAUUAUGAACAUUAAUAUUUCCACUUAUGUUCCCUCUGUAUUUAGACCGGGAUUGUACCAAAUGUUUCACAUUAAUGAUUAUUUACACUUUAGUAACCAUGGUCUCACAUCCAGUGGUACACAAAUGGCUGAUUCAAAUCCAGGUCAUCCUGACCCGGCAAAAAUUGUUGGAUAUGCUCAUUUUGCUUCUAUUGAAACAACUCAUGAUGGUUUUCAUAUAAUAAUUGGUGGUCUUGGAGGUCAUAUGGCUUAUCCUGAUAUAACUGGAUUCGAUCCGUUAUUCUAUUUUCAUCACCUCAAUGUGGACCGUAUUUUUGCCCUAUGGCAGGGUGUAUUUCCAGAUAGUUGGGUUCCGUCAAACAUUAAUAUCAACGGAACUUAUACCGAAUUAAUGAACACAACAGUUGAUGGAAAUUCUGACUUGACACCAUUUAGAAAAUCUGAUACUGCAUUCUGGACGUCUAAUGAUGUUCGUUACAUAGAAAAACUUGGUUAUACUUAUCCUGAGUUGGCUAAAUUUAAGGGUAAAGAUCCGAAAGAAUUACAAUCUUAUCUUCUUGAAUUAUAUAAACCUGAUCCUCAUUAUGGUCGAAGAUUUUUCGCAAAAUUAACAAUUGAAUCUGGAAAAUUGAUUGGUCCAUACUCUGUUAGAGUUUUUGUUGAUUUAGCCAGUGCUAAUGCUGAUACUCCUGUAACUUCUCCACAUUUCGCUGGCUUCGUUGCCAUGUGGCGUAGUACUAAUAAUCACCAAGCUAAUAAUAAUUCUUAUAUAGUAGGAAGUGUAGAUAUCACCGCUGCUAUGGAAAGAUUGGGAAUUAGAAUGCAAAAACAUGAUUAUGUUCAAGAUGUUAAUGCUACUACUGGCUUAUUGAUGUCAACUUCAAUUUUUAAUGUUGAAACUGAUAUAAAUAUAGUUCCUGUUUCACUGGAUGGAAAAGGUAUUAGUCUGAAAGAUGCUGGGGUUAAUAAAGUUGAAGUAUUUUCAUUUCAACAUGAUGAAGUGAAUGCAAAUUUCUUGGUUGAAAGCUCGG